GAUGCCCUGUCCCCAUAUCCACGAUGGGGACCAGCGGCGCCGGGCACCAGCUGCCCAUGGCGUGUGGGCUGGGAGACCUUCACGGCCUCUCGUCUCCAUUGUCUUUUGCCAGAAUCGUGAACCCACUCAUUGUGGAAGAGCCCUGGUUCUGGGGCUGUGGUCAGACCAACCUGUCCUGCAAGAUGGUGAAGGGGAAGCUGGUGGAGGCGGGCAAGUGGCCGUGGCAGGUGAGCAUCCUGUUCAUGGGCAUGUACAUCUGCAGCGGCUCCGUCGUCCACCACCUGUGGAUCCUCACGGCCGCGCACUGCCUGGAGAGGUCCCUGGAUGCCAGCAAGUACUCGGUGAUCGUGGGAGCCCAGCACCUCCCAGCAAAGGGCACUCAGCUCCCACUCGCUCACCUGGUGACUCACGAGAAUUUCAAGAACCUCAUAUCCGAUGACAUUGCCCUCCUGAAGCUCAGGGACCCCAUCCUCUGGUCCCCCCUUGUCCAGCCCAUCUGCCUCCCGAACACCAAGCUCACGCCAGAGAUUGGAGCCUCGUGUUGGGCCAUCGUGUGGGGACGUCCGUCCGUGAAAGUGGCCCCAAAGUCCCCCUACAGUCUUCAGGAAGUUUCUGUCAAGAUAAUAAAAAGUGAGAUCUGCAACCAGCAGUAUCAGUUCCUCUUCCUGAAGGGCCAGAAGAAGUUCAUCGGGAAGGACAUGCUGUGCGCCAGCUCAGAAUGGGGCGCAGACUCUUGUCAGGUUAACUCUGGCAGCUCCCUGGUCUGCCAAGUGAACAAGACGUGGGUCCAGAUGGGGGUGGAGAGCUGGAGCUUCAGCUGUAAGCAGCACCACUUCCCCAACAUCUACACCAGCACCUCCCACUUCACCCACUGGAUCAAGAAGCAGAUCACGGACGUCCAGUUCAUCAGCAGGGCCCACCCCGCCUUCCUGCGCCCGGUCCUGCACACGGGCUGCAUCCUGCUGGUCCCCUUGGGCUCCCUGUGGCUCCUGUGAGCAGUGUUCCCAGGGGUCAUUCCCGGAGCUGGAGCCGAGGCUGCUGCUCCCUGCUCUCUGCCCGCCCUCGGAGAGCUGGGGCCUGGAGGCGUGCAGGGCCAGGGGCAGAGCGCCCUUGGGGGAGGGAGGGUCCCAAGCCACUGGCUUUCGGUUGUUCAAUGAAGAUGCUUUUGCACUUUU